AUGUUUUCUUCAACUUCAGCCAGGCGCACCCCGACUGGCAAUACACCGUCCUCACUCGGAGCAAGGAGAAGGGUGCUCAGGUGUCCAGCAAAUACCCUAACGCUCGCAUCGUCAUUGGUGACCUCGACUCGUCCGAUAUCAUUGCCGAGGAAACCAAGAACGCUGACAUCGUUCUCCGUACGUUCUCCUCAUCACCAACCCCCACUCUACGCAUACACACAAGCUAACCCCCCUCCUGCAGACUGCGCCGACUGUGAUCACGUCGCCUCGGCCGAAGCUAUCGCCAAGGGUGCCGCCCAACACACUCCCGAGCGCCCCCUAUGGCUCAUCCACACCUCGGGAACCGGUAUCCUAACGGUUGAGGACUUCCGCACCAACACCUGGGGCCUGUACCGCACCAAGGAGCACGACGAUUGGGACGGUGUCGACGAGCUGAUCAACGACCUCCCCGACGACUCGCUCCACCGCAACGUUGACAAGAUCAUCAUCGACGCCGGCAAGAAGAACCCCGACAGCGUCAAGACUGCCAUCGUCUGCCCACCCACCAUCUACGGCCCCGGCCGCGGUCCCGGCAACCAGAAGAGUGUCCAGGCCUACUGGCUGACCGCCGCCGUGCUGAAGCGCAAGAAGGGCCUCCUCGUCGGCAAGGGUGAGAACAUUUGGCACCAAGUCCACGUGCAGGAUCUCAGCGAUGUGUAUCGGCUUCUCGGAGACGCGGCGGCCGCCGGCGGUGGUAAGGCCACCUGGAACGACAAGGGAUACUACCUGGCGGAGAACGGCCCGUUCGUCUGGGGCGACAUCCAGCGCGAGGUAGCGCGUGUGGCAUACGAGAAGAAGCUGAUCGACUCCCCCGAGGUCGAGCCUCUUCCGGACUCCGAGGUCACCGCGCUGAACCAGUUCGGUCUGUACGCUUGGGGAAGUAGCUCGAGAGGUCACUCUCUUCGUGCGCGCAAGCUGCUGGGCUGGUCCCCGAGCAGGCCCAGCUUAAAGGAACUGAUCCCGGAGAUUGUGGAUAUCGAGGCGAAGGACUUGGGUCUUUGA